AGAUUAAGGAAAUAAUGAAGAGGGUAUCCUCCUCCUCCUCCCUGCAUGUGCUCUGCCAUCACAUACUCCUGCUUUAAGCAUAAAAAUCCACACCGUCCAUUCCUUGACAAUCUCAAAUACUAGUUUGUGGAGGAACAAGCAGUGGUGAAGGAGGAAGUGAAAGCAGAAGAGGAUCAUCAGGAGAAGAAAGAAGAGAAAGCAGAAGAAAAUAAGGCAGAAGAGGAGAAGAAAGAAGAAGCAAAGCCACCAUCUCCUUUUGUGUUGUUUGUAGACUUACAUUGUGUUGGAUGUGCUAAGAAGAUUGAGAGGUCUAUUCUCAAGAUCAGAGGAGUGGAGGGAGUGACAAUGGACAUGGUGAAGAAUGAGGUGACGAUAAAAGGAGUUGUGGAGCCACAGGCAGUAUGCAGUAGGAUCAUGAACAAAACCAAGAGGAUAGCCAAAGUUUUAUCUCCAUUGCCGGAAGCUGAAGGUGCACCCAUGCCCCAAGUUGUUGCCUCACAGGUUAGCGGAUUAACUACUAUAGAACUUAAUGUGAACAUGCACUGCGAGGCCUGUGCUGCCCAGCUCAAAAACAAGAUACUCAAAAUGAAAGGAGUUAGAACUGUAGACACUGAACUAAGCUCCAGCAAAGUCACGGUGACGGGGACCAUGCACGCCGACCGCCUCGUCGACUACGUCUACCGACGGACCAAAAAGCAGGCCAAAGUGGUGCCCCAGCCCGAGCCCGAAAAGCCGCCGGAAGAGACCCCGAAGCCCGAAGAGAAAAAAGAAGAAGAAAAAGCAGCUGGUGCUGGGGAUGAAGAAAAGAAAGAGGAAGGCGAGAAAAAGGAGGCGCCGGCGGAAGAGGAAAAGAAAGAGGGAGGGGGGGCGGAGGAGCAAGGCGGAGAGGCGACAGUGGAGGAGGAGGUGAAGAAUGGUGGGGAGGAGCAGGGGAUGCACAAGAUGAUGUAUCAUUAUCAGCCGGUUUACGUGAUUGAAAGAAUCCCGGCUCCGCAGCUUUUCUCGGACGAAAAUCCUAAUGCAUGCACCCUCAUGUAAUCAUUAUUAUUAUUAUUAUUAUUAUUAUUAUUAAGCCCAAAACAA